AUGAUCAUCGGAGGCAGCGACGAUGCAGCAAUCAACCAUGUGAAAUUCACCACCACACAUAAACUCAAGCGGACAAUCACCCAAGAACGGUAUGACGACUUCGAAGAUAGUAUCAUCUUCGAUAAGUCGGAUGCCAAUGGUUUGUCUUUCCCUCACUAUGAUGCUUUAGUUAUAACCUUACGUAUUGCUGAUACUGAUGUGAAAAGAAUAAUGGUUGACGACGGGAGUGGCGCAUGUAUCAUCUAUCCCAGAGUCAUCUCACAGAUGAGACUCGAGGAUAAGACAAUACCUCGUUGCAUAACACUAACGGGUUUUAACAAUGCAGUGGAACGAACCUCGGGAGAAAUAAUGUUGCCCGUUUUGGCAGGAGGGGUCACCCUAAAAACGACGUUUCACGUCAUAAACCAAGAAACAGCCUACAACGCUAUCAUAGGGCAUCCGUGGAUACAUGCCAUGCGAGCCAUCCCGUCCAGUUUCUAUAAAGUAAUCAAAUUUCCUACCCCAUGGGGGACAUUUAGCAUCCGAUGCGAGCAACGCACCGCCCAAGAAUGCUACCGCAUCGCCCAGGAUUGCACACACACCAAACAACUUCAAGGGGCAAGUGCGGAAGCAUAG